GUUAACAUAAGCGUAUACUCAGACUGAGCAUUAGAGGGCUUUUCUAAACCAUCUAAGUCUGUUGAAAUUGAACUGCACAGAGAUUAGAAAGUUUAGAUAGAAGAUCAACAGUAAGACUAUUUUCUUUUAGUUGGCCAGUUAGCUGUGUUGAAGGCAGCAUGAAUCCUGUGCACAGUAUCUUGUUGUCUUCAGUGCUUCUUUUCACCCUCAGAAUUCAGGAGCUGGCAGAUGCAUGCAGCUGUGCCCCUGCACAUCCACAGCAGCUAAUCUGUGAUUCUGCUUUAGUGAUUCGUGCAAAAAUAUCCAGUGAAAAGGUGGUUCCUGCCAGUGAUGACCCUCUUGACACUCACAAAAUGAUCCGGUAUGAAAUCAAACAAAUAAAGAUGUUUAAGGGGUUUGAAAAACUGAACGAUGUUCAGUAUGUCUAUACUCCUUUUGAUUCAUCUCUCUGUGGAGUGAAACUAGACGCUAACAACAAGAAGCAGUAUCUCCUCACAGGCCAAAUAUUAAAUGAUGGUAAAGUUCUCAUCCAUUUAUGCAAUUACAUUGAACCAUGGGAUGAUUUAUCCUUGUCUCAAAAGAAGAGUCUUAACCAGAGGUACCAAAUGGGCUGUGGCUGCAAAAUUACUACCUGCUACAUGGUGCCCUGCUCAAUCACUACACCAAAUGAGUGUCUCUGGACAGACUGGCUGAUAGAAAGGAAGCUGUAUGGGCACCAGGCCAAACAUUAUGCCUGUAUCAAGCGAAGCGAUGGCACUUGCAGCUGGUACCGAGGUGGCCCCCCGCCAGAGAAAGUGUUUACUGACAUCAGCGAACCUUAACAUGAUCACUUCCUAAAAAGCCUGGGAGGCUAAUUCCAUAAAUGUUGCACACUCACAGCUUUGAACCGCCAACAUCUUAUGUAUCUGUUGCUUAGAAAUUAAAAAAAAUUGUUCUGUACAAGUGAAAGUACAGAGUUUGUGGAAUUGGCACCCAGGCAUGAAGAAGAGCAAAUCUCUUGGAGGUAGCUUAUAAAGUUCUGCUUUGUAUACAGGGGCUUUAGUUGAGAAUGGUCCUCUGUGUUCUCAGAGGCACAACAACUUCCCUUUUUACCAGUAUGAAUGUAGAAGAACAAAAGAAUGAUCAGAUUUUUGCCCCCUACUCCAGUUACCUAGCAGAUUAAGAAAACCCUGUGUUUCAAUCCAAAACAGUCUUUCUGAUACAUGAAGAAUGUUUUAUAUAACUAUUUUUUUUUCUGUAUGGAAGCCUUCUGAAAAAAAGAAUAAUUAUUGUACAGUGUAUAUGUAAAGUAUUUUAACGAUGUGCUGUAAAAAAGAUUCAAAGUCAUGUUUUCUUCAUAUUUGUUGAAACAAGUUAAACAUUUUUGUGAUUAAAAGCUUCUAUGUUUUUCUUUUUUGUAUGUUACUUAAAUGUCCUAUUUCUUACACAUGUAUUAUAACAUUUUUUAAUUAUUAGGUUAAAUAUAUAUCUUUGAUAAUCACAAAUGCCUAUCCAAUUCAUUGAUCCAAUGGAUUGGCACAUACUGUAAAGAGAAAAGUUCUAAUGCUUAGGUAUUACACCAACAGAAAAAUUAUGACAAUAUGCACCCGUAGACUAGUUAGAUUUACAGGAAAAGUAAAGCAUGAACAUUGUCAGUGUAGUAAUGGCACCCAGUAAAGCCUCUGUACACAUGUGACCAUAUUACUAUCAUAUUUCACUAGUGUUAUAAGCCCCAUUUCUAGCCUGAGACUGACUUUAAGAAAUUGCCCAAAAUUUAUUUGAUGAUUUUUAAUUCUUCAGAUUUCAAUACAAAAUUUACCAUUUUUUGGGUAGUCAUUUGCACUUUGUGACAAUGAAUUUCACAGCUUGCAAAAAGUACCAGAAAGGUGUUAUCUUUUUGGAGGUUGGGGGGGAAAAAGGCAAGAUUUUAACAUUUGAAAACACAAUACUGAGCAUGCAUACAUUUCCAUAUGUUUCUAAGUUUAAAGAGGCAAAUUAAUAAGGGAUGGCAAACUUCAAAAGUUUGGCACCAAAGUUGAGAAUAAUUAUCCACAUCUAUCUGAACCUCUGAGUUUGAGAAACUGAGUAGGAAUCCUCAUGAGAUAAAGACUCUGUUCUGACAUUUCCAAUAUCUCCUGAAUAUUGCCAGGUCAGAACCAUCUAAAAAAUAUUCUGCUCCUCAUUGUGUUUUUGAAUUUCGCCAUGUAGAUUCCAGAUGUGGCUACAAUUAAUGCAAAGGGAGCUGCCAUAUGAAAACUGAGAACAAUAGUUAGAUUUAAUGACUUUGAACCUCAAAAAUAGUUCAGGUUUGAAUAGAGCCAUUUAUUUGAUAUGAAUGGAUUCAAUAGCUUUGGAACUUACUGAAUGAUACAUCAUGAUAUAGUAAUGGACUAAAUGGUCUUUGGAAUUGUUA